CAUAAAUUAAUCUAUUCCAAUGACUGGAUAGGAUUAUUUUCAUUGAUAAAGUGUAUAUUGUAAUUUAGGCCGCAUACAUAUCGACGGAAUUAAGGGACGGACACAGCAUUUGUAAAGAAGUUGGCAAUCCAUGAAGAUGUCGAACGGAGAAAAUAGUGAAGGCAGUGUGUCGAAUGAGGAUUUGAACGAAUCUGAAAUGUCUGACAAUGGAAGCGAGAGUGGAGACGUUGGAUCUCGUAGAUCUACUGAAAAACUGGACAGCUCGGACAGGGAACUAUACGAGAAGCUCAAACGUCAGGAGAGAGAGGAGAGAGAGGAGAUAGAAAAAGAACUGAAACGAGCUCACGAGGAGGCGAUAAUACGCCGGCACGAGGAACUUCGCGCCAAGGAACUGAGGCUGCAUGCCGAGAGACUUUCACAGCUGGAGUCGGAGAGGGGCCAGGACUUGCGUGUAAAUAAACACGAGGAGUUCCGCGCCCUUCGGGAUGGGCACCCCCUCACAAAAUCCGACUCCUCCUCAAGACUAGAUCUGUUAAAUCAUAGUGCUUUCUUGGACAGAAAUUACCACAGGGCGGGCUCGCUGUCUCCACACAGCGCCACGUCGGCCUCACCCACCGGCGAGGGCCCCGCCCAUCACUGGACGUUUGAGGAACAGUUUAAACAGGCCUUUUCACAGCUCUACGAGUUAAGCGAUGAUCCCAAAAGAAAAGAGUUCCUUGAUGAUUUGUUCCAAUUCAUGCAGAAAAGGGGUACGCCAGUCAACAGAAUCCCCAUCAUGGCCAAACAAACGCUUGAUUUGUAUGAGCUCUUCCGAUUGGUUGUAUCAAAAGGCGGUUUGGUGGAGGUCAUCAAUAAGAAAUUAUGGCGGGAAAUUACAAAAGGUCUCAAUCUCCCUUCAUCCAUCACAAGUGCUGCAUUUACCCUCAGAACACAAUACAUGAAGUACUUGUACCCUUACGAGUGCGAGAAACUCAAACUAAGCACGCCUCAAGAACUCCAAGCAGCCAUAGAUGGGAACAGACGGGAAGGUAGGAGGUCCAGUUAUGGUUAUGAUCUGUCACCGGGACCCACGCUUAUCCCCUCGUCACAUCACCCUCACCUCAACGGCGGUCUCUUUAACGGAAAGCUGGGAGGCAGCGCGGCAGGAGGGGUGUUCCGAAACGAACAACUCAUUCCCUCCUCAUUACUCAAGUACUCUACUAUGACAGAAAACGGAUGGAAUCAAAAAGACUUACUAGAACGGAGAUCUCCUUUGACCAGUUUACAAAAGUUGUGGCAGUUACAGCAUCAUCAACUACUCACGGGAGGAAACGGAACACCUGAUGAAGACAGUUUACCUCCAACCCCCACCCACCCCAGAAGUUUAACUGACCAUUUAACAGAGCGUGACGCAAUUGCAAUGGAGGCGGCAUCUCGAGCCAUGGAGCACGCCACACGAAAAAUGGAGGAAGCAUCACGCGCAGCUGCUCAACUUUCUGAGGAGCCACCCAGAAAACGACCCCACGUCUCUACAGAGGAAGACAGACUCCCCUCCCAUACCAUGCCCAACACACACAUAAAGAUUACUAGUCGAAACGAUGGUCGCUCAGACAUUGACAAUUCAUUGGUAGUCAGCAUGGAGAUUAAUGGCAUCAUGUACCAGGGGGUGCUCUUUGCUCACAAUCCACGCCGUAUGUGAAACUUCAUAAACUGGACACAUAUUUGGAACAAUCUUAAGGAAAACAAUCACUCCGACCUGUCCAAUGCUGGUUCGGUCUUUUGACCUCUGAUCCAGAAAGGAUGUCCGCAAAUCCUUUGGUCAGUAGGUGUUGGUAGUCGUCCGUAUCAGUGUGGGUGUCAUUAUCAACGUGUAUCGUUGUUGUCUGAAAAUGCCAUAUUGGUAUUUAAGAACUGUGCAAACGUAAUGUUACAGCUAAUUCAUCUUAAAUUCAAUUUAAAGAGUAUUCAUUUAUUUAUUUCCAUGUGACAUACCUACAUGUAGUCCCUAUUUUGUGAAAUAUGUAUGAAUGGGUUAUCACAGAAUGCGAAUUUAUUCACACAAUCAUCAAGUAUUGUUUAGUGAUAAACCCCAUUUGCAUUCACAGUCACGAUAUACAAAAAUCGCACAUCCUCUUGAAAUCUUCACACAAAGCAUCUAACCACCCAUCUUGCCCGUGGUUCUUCGAGCCAACAAAGAAAAAUUUGAAAUAUUUUUAUCAGAGGGUUAAAGCGUAUUAUGUCUACAAAAUCUGUGCCAUAAUUCUUACAAUGAUGAAGGUAUAUUGUAUGAAAUUCAGACAGUUUAAACUUUAUGGCUACAUCAUUUUUGUAAAUUCUAACAGAGAAGAUGGCUGUUGUAUUAGUUCAAGAAACUCUGUUAUAAUUGCAAUUAUAGUUUCCACUUAGAGUUAUAUACGUCUGUAGAAGUGCAAUGUUGUGUUACGUUCUUUCUGUAUCCAAAAAACUUUUUUCCAGUGCAAUUAGGUUUUGUUUGAAACCAUAGAAACAGAAGUGAUGUGAGAAUAAAUAUAUAGAAUUAUAUUGCAUUUAAAUCUGUUCUUGGAAUUACUAGUAUAUUUUUUGUUUUGUAAUUCAGGGUUUUAUUUUAAUCCAAAUUAACCCAUUUGAAUUGGAUACAAAUUUUAUUGAAUGACAUUGUUUGUUAAUAUUUAAUUAUAAUAUGUACACUGUAUUGUCUCUUUGUUAAAAAAAAGAAUGACAUAAUAAACAAAAAAAAUACAUGAGCAAAUACUGUUUUAGUUUAUGA